AAGUUAACCGCAACUUAAUUGUCAGAUGCGCCUUAACCGGACAUUGUGAAAAAGAAUUUUAUGCUACCUUUCGAUUAAGUUAUGAUAAGGUGCUUAACCGGAGAUGGUGAAAACGACCCUAAGCCUUGCAACAUGAAUGAACACAACAAUGAACAGCUGGUGUACUUUCCACAUAUUUGAACGAGCGGGAAAGGAAAUCACUGUUCAUAUGUUUGCUAAUUGUAUAAUACCAACAUGUCCUCUCAACUGCAACAAAUAGCAGCGUUAUUGCCGGAAUUGCGUUCUGAUAAGCCACCGACACGAAACAAAGCUGCAGAACGCUUAGACGUUAUUCUAGUGAACUCCAAGGACGACCUAAUACACAGACUUCGAGGCAAACAUGCGGAAGAUCUUACAUGGAGUGAUAUAUUUUGCAGCGCUGUAGAUGCAGUUCUCAAACACGCCGCCAAAGUUGUUGAGCUGAACGAUCAAAAAAGUAUUCAAGCUAUGCUUAAUAAGAAUCAUGUCUACCGAUCAGUUAUACAUAAAAUAAUUGAUUAUAAUUUAGAAAAUUCGAAUUAUUUUCUAAAGAAGUCUGUGAUUUAUCAAGCGUUUUGUAACGGUUUUAGCACAACCAGUGCAGUAAAAAUUUUUGGCAGUUUGUUUAUUCAAAUUCUUGAAAGGGGAAUUUACAAAUGCCCAUUAUAUGUUCGAGAAUUAAAAGUUGAGGAAUAUAGCAGCAUUCUGUCCAACCUCUUUGAAUUAUCCAUACCGGGGGAUGAGAUUCUUCACUUUGAAGUGUUGAGCUGUAUUGUAAAAACAAUUACACUGGCAGUGGAACACGUUCACAUACAAGACGAAAUUAUAGAUUAUUUUCCAGAGAUUUUGCCAUUUGCCCGAAGAGCUGGUGAUGAUCGAAAAAAAUCGGAUGUAAUAAAACUAUAUUACUUUUUUAUAUCACAGUUAGCUAUAGAUUAUCAUCAUACAGUUUGCGAAUCUCUGCAAGAAAUUUUACCAGUUUUAUGUGAUCUAUAUAUUGUACAACUGAAACCAGAUGUAAAAGAAAUGUUUUUUUCAUCUGUUUACUUUUCAAUACAUGCCAUAUACCCGAAUAUCAAUAGUGGUUGUUUUAAAAUGUCGCAAAUAGUAGUAAAAGAUAACUGGCCCAAAACUAUGAACAAACUAAAAUCAUUAGUAGAACUGGAAAUCAAAGAGCGGAAAAUGAUAACCCAACGUCCCAACCAUGCAGGACAAGAAAAAUGCUUUAAUCAAUUCAUCGAAGCGGCCUCUGAUAUUGUAUAUGUGGUAUUUUGGCAUAUUCAAAAUGAAAGCGUAGACCGAGAAAUAGAUGAGCCUGUAAAGAAAGUAGCAAAAGUUUCAGACAAAGUGGAUAUAAUAUUGCGUUUUGUUCAAGAAGAUAAAGUGGUUAACGAAAUCUGGUUUGCGAUUCUUGCCGCUGUCCUAAAAAACCAUCAUCACGUUAUAAAUCUCUCAAAUUAUCACGAAUUACUUCAAUUUAUUUCAACGGUGCUGAACAUAUCGGCCAGUGGAAUCAUCUGGCGUAGCAUAAGACGAAGUUUGUUAGCGAUUUUAUUGUUUGAAGAAAAAGAGUCAAGUAAUCGUGACAUUAAAACCUAUAUCAAUUAUUGUACGGAAACGUGGAAUAAAAUAGUAACAUUCUUAAUAUCAGAAUCAUCCGAAAAUAAUGAUAUUAUUGUAGAAAAGCAACUUUUGUUGCAAUCGUUAAUAAAUCAUCGAAAACUUUCGGCAGAAUCGAGUAACAGUUUAAUCCAAUCUAUCAUAAGUAACAGUGUUUUAAGGCGAACUGAAGCUUUUGAAACUAUUCGUCAAAUAUUGAUAAAUGCUUACAAUUGUGGAAUAGACAAGAAUUCGAUCACUAUUGAAAAGAUUUUAGUCUGGUCCUAUGAGGUGAACGAAAAAAUAAAUGCUCGGAGCAUGUUACUUAACAUUGCGCCCGUCGAUAUAAUGCUUAUAAACGAUACAUGUGCUAUAGCUGUAACAAAUUUUUUAAACGAGCAACAGAAGUUUUCAACAAUACCUCGCCAGCAAGAGAUUCAAAUUAAUUCCGAAAAUUUAAACAUGCUCCAAUAUAAAUACAACAUAAAAUAUUUGUGCUUGGAAGAACAUGGCAAAGCUUUGAGAUCAAUGCAAAGUCCAACUCAGUCAUUUGGUACUUCCCCAAAUACACUGAAUAAUUGCUUAUUUCAGAAUACUUAUGAACUGUUAAUGCGUACUGUAAAUUUCGAAAUUUCAAAAGAAGUUACCUGUAGUAGCAUUAUUUCGGAUAUGACGUCACUAAACAAAUUAGCGGAUUUGAUGAAGACCUUCUUAUACUAUGAAGUUUUUACCAGCGAGAAUUUAUCGCAGUGUCCACUAAUUAAACGUAUUGGGUUUUUCCUUAGUCAUAUGGAGUUUCAAUUAAAAAAUAAUGAUCCUCGAAAUACAGAACGUACAGAAUUAUUAGAAGUUCUCCAACAUUUGGAACCGUUUGUAAAAACUUUUACUUCCAAUGUUGCGUUGAUACAGUUUUUGGAAUCACAACCAUUGGAUGAGUUCAUUAACUUUUUGGGAACAAGUUUGUCACACAGUGCUUCUGAACAUAUACGAAGUAAAAGCGGUGACUGGGCUGAUAUACGUUUUAUAUCGUUACGAAUACUAGCUGAGUUAUGUGCUAGUAAUACCCAUCAAAAAGAUGCAUUCCACCAUAUUUCACGAUAUGUUUUCAAUAUACGUAAUGAUUUGGAUAUUAUUCUUCCACUUAUAAAAAUAUUUUGCAAGCGUAUGAGAAAAGCCGAGCUUGAAAACUGCUCAAUAGGCGAAUGGUUCGUUGAUAAACUAAAGCUUAUCUUCAAAUUGUAUUAUACCGAUCUUAAAAUUAUCGAUAGAUUAGUGGACAUGCUUCCAGAGAUCUUCGAAUAUGUCUACUCAAAUAAUGAGUUAUUGAAUAAUAUGGUCGUGGCAUUAAUGUCUUUACUCAAAAUAGCAUACAAAAAGAACUAUUCUACGCGGAUUACAACCAACUUAAUAAAAAGCGUGCGUUUAAUUUCGGAAAAAUGCGAAGGAAUCUGGAUGCAAACCGGUUUUGUUAGUAUUUGUACAUCAGUGAUAAAAUUUUUGGCCUUUCAAUCGCUUAGUAUCCAAUUUUCUGUGAUAAGCACUCUAAUAUCGUUAAUGGAUGGAGAUUGGUUGAAAAAUACAACAACAAAGUUUAAUAUUAACGAACAUCAGAAGAUGUGUGAACAGCUGUUUUCAACAAUAAAUUUGAAAGAUCUAUCGGAUUCAACUAUCGACUUAGUACAAAAUAGGAACUCAGUAGUGGUGCAACUCUUAGUAGCUCUCGUCGGUUUUAGUUCUUAUUACCAGGAACAUGCUUUAAUUGAGUUGGGAAAUUUUUAUGCUUCAAAAAAAUUAGUGGAAGCCGAUUUAAAAGAGUUUACACAGAUAUGUAAAUUUUUUGGUAGUUCACAAUCGGAAUUGAUCAAACCUUAUAUAAACAGUUUAAUCACAUCAUGGAUAUCUAAAGAAUGGCCAAUUUUAAAAUUUCCGUAUUUCCUCUGUUAUUCUCAUAGAGAUGAUUUUAUUAAGGAAAAUAUUGCUAUUAUUGUGGCGUGUACAUUGCUACAUAUUCCAACUGCAGAUUUAAAAAAACUGAACAAAUAUGCAACUGAUGAAGAGCUUAUUAAGAACUCCCUUCCAAUUUUGGAAGCAUUCUUGCUGCCCUACAAGUCAUGCCCACAAUCUCAAACAGAAAAGUACAAGAAGUAUAUCAGUAUAUUAAAGGAAAAUUUAAAGCGACUGAAAAUAGCUUUCCCUCAAUCAAAAAUACUCGAUUGGAGGACAAUAUAUUUUACUUACACAAUUUUAAAAGUUGAUAACCUUACUACGGAGACUUUUGAGUUCCCAAGUCUGCGUGUCAAAUCAUCUUGGUACAACUUAAAUUACGAAUCAUUAAAAAAGUCCCUUAAUGUGUAUGUGGCUGAUCAUAACGACGUUGGUGAACCAAAAAUGCUAUUUUCAUCUAUUUGUAACCAACCACUUGAGUUCUUAAAAGUGCUUGGUGCUCUUAAAGCAGACAUAUAUUCGUGUGUUUUUUCAAAUACAAAAAUGUCGAGCUUUUAUAAAUAUUGUAUUGCAAUUGAUAUGAUCAUUGACUCCAUCCCAGCGCACAUUAAUUUCGAAAAAGAUAGCAAUAUUGCGGAGUUCUUUGCUAGUGAUGGAAUUUUAUUUAUAACACAAUGUCUCCAAAAAGUGCGCUAUACUGAAUUGCAGAAGAUUGGAAUCCUUUUUUUGCAACAUUUCUUCGAAAAGUCUUUUAUGUCUGUUGGUGGGGGAAAAAAGAUUAUAAAAAACCACCUGAAUGAGAUAACGAAAUGUUUAAUUACAUUGGCUGAAAACAAUUCGUCCCAGGAAUCAGAAUUGUCUCUUAAGUUAUUACACUACCUCUUCAAUGAAUUCGGUGAAGAUGCUAUGGUAUUUGAUCAACUUCCUGACUCGGAGAACUUUUUGGAACUAUGCAAACUUCAAAGUAAACGGCCAAGGUCGCCUAAUAACAUUAAAGAUUUGUUGAAAAUAUUGGACUCUUCUAUUUUGAUACAAAAAUGCAGCCAUGACUCAUUAGGAACAAUAAGACAAUAUAUAGCGAAAAAUAAAGAAAAACUGUACCUAGAUGGAAAACUUUUCUGUAACCUGAUUCGUAGGCUUCUGGAAGUAGUCUGUAUUGCUCACAAUAAUAAUUUACGUUUAGAAGCUGCAAAAUGUCUUGGGGAAAUUGGUUCACUUGAAAUACCUAAUGCUUCAUUUUAUUUUGAAAUGAAUUCCUCUUUCUAUGACAACAUUACGAGUUCAAUAGGAAGUAGUGAACUUUUCUCACUAAGUGCCGCAAAAAUAUUGGAAACAACUUUGAGCCAAUUCGAAGCCACCACCUAUGAAUCCGUGCUUGCAGUAACAACACAGUUAAUCAAUACUAAAAGUUCCAAAUCAAUUAUAGAUCAACAUCCAUAUUUACAAAUUUUUCAAAGCGGUAACCAGACAAAACCCGAAUGGUAUCCAAGCGGUAAUAUUUCCGCUAUAGAUUGGCUAGAGAUUUUAAACUCAACCGGUGCCUUAGAAUGGAGUAAAUGGAUUUGUGCCUUUUCCAGUAAAGCGUUUGAAAGCUGCGGUUGGAUAUCAUUUUCUAAUUUAGCAUUACGAGACACGUAUUUUGCAAACGAAAUCAUUUUGCCAUUCAUUACGUUGUUAAUGUCAAAUAAGGAACGACACAUGAAUAGUAUUAUGUUAAUGCUUCAACAUUAUUUUAAGGAGCUCAGCACUGUUCUUGAUACUGAAGGUAGUCAGCAUAUUAAUGUUCAGGAGAUUUAUAAGGAUAAACGAAUAAUAAAAAUUUUUUUAAAUAUUUGUGAAUGCAUUCGUGCCAAUAAUGAAUGUUCUAUACCAAUGAAUCAUCUGCAUAUCGCUAAAGCCAGUAACCAGUGCCAAGCUUUUUUUAUGACGAUCCUUUACACGGAGUUGUGGACGCUAUCAAAUAAUGAAAUGAAUGUUAAUCAUAUAAAGUUAGACGAUAAACUGAAAAAUCCAACCUUUCAGCAAGUUGCUACAAAGGCUUACAAAUCUAUUGGCUGUUACGAUGCCAUCUCUGGUUUCCUAUCCCCCAUACAAUCUCGUCUUGAAUUUUUAAAUUUAAGCAACAAUUGGUCCGAAAUGUUGCUUCAAAAUUCGUUUGAAAAUGCAGCAUCAAGUGAUCUGUGCACUGCUGCAUUAAAACGAAAUGGCAUUUUGUGUCUAGCCGAUUUAGGGAGCAAGAGCACCGACAAGUCCGUUGACCAUGAGGUACUGUGGCGGUUAUGCCAAUGGGAUAUGCCUGUGGAAGGCCAUUUGAGAGUAAAUAUUGCAAAUAAUCAAGAAGAAGAAUUUAAGAAGCAUCAUUUUAAUGCUCUUAAAUGCCUUUACAACCGGGAGCAACAAAAUUGCUUAGCUGCUAUAGCAAAUGCUCGGCAGUGUGUGAUUCACAACCUAAUGGGAAUAAGCAUCGAGUGUCUUCAAAGUGUAUACAAAUAUCUUACUUGGUUGCACACACUACAACAAGCUGAGGACUUUUGUCAAGUACAAUUUAUUUCCGACCUGGAUAUUAAGUCAAUAUUUGCUAAAUGGCAAUUGGAUAAUAACCUAAAGUAUGGAGGGUUUUAUUGCAAAGAAAUGUUACUAUCUCAUCAGAUAACCCUUUUCAAAACGGCUGGCAUACGUGGUCAAAGGAGGAUAAUAGAAUUUUUCAAAUAUAGCCCAAUAGAAACUUCUUUGUUGAAUGUUAUUAAAGAAUGUAAGAAAUCGGGCGAAAUAAGUUUGGCGAAACGCAACAUAUUAGCUCUUAGGGAAAUUGAAAUUGCAAAUGAACACGUUAAGCUGAAUUUGUUAUUGGAAGACGCUGAAAUAUCUUUUCGCUGUGGAAAUAUAGAAAUCACUGAAGCACUGCUAAAACAUGCUUUGACACAUAAAGAUUUAGGCGCAUGCCCACAACAAGCGCGUGCUCUGCGAAUGUAUGGAGAAUUUCUUCUAGAAACAAAUUCACAGAGUUUUGAAUAUGUUUUGGAAAAGAUGUUUACCAGGUCAAUGCUUUACUUGGAGAAAAUAUUUAAAUCUCAAAAGUACAGAGAAUAUGACGAGUUGAGUUUCUUGUAUCUGGAUGAUCUGAAACCCGCCGAUUUCGAAAAUGAAAACAAGAAAGAGGCCUAUAAAGUGAUAGCAAAGUAUGCCGAUCGCGAAUAUGUACAAUCGAACAUGCUCAUAAACUCCGAAGAAUUCAAGCUAAAGCGGCAAAUUAUAUUACAAAAUAGGCAAACCGCAGAUUCAAUCGGCAGACAAAACAAAGAUCGGGAUAUUAACCAUGGAGUUAUCAUAAUGAAGAAAUACGCUAGUUUAGAUGAAACCGAAAUCAAAUUUGUUGAAGAGAAACGCACCAAUGACCUUUGCAUUGCUGUGAAGAAUUAUAUGAAAUUAUGUCAAAUUGAUUCUGGCUUUUCAAGCGCUGAAGUAUAUAGGAUUAUUGCAAUGUGGUUCGCCAACAAACAAGAUGAGGCGUUGCAAAAAGAAAUCAAGGAUAACAUUAAUAUUAUACCUUCCUAUAAGUUUAUUUGUGCUUUAAAUCAGAUAACUGCAAGACUCAGUGCUAAACAUAUAGAAUUUGUGUCCAUUAUCAAAGAAAUAUUAGUGAAGUGUCUACAGGAUCAUCCCCAUCAUACUCUUUAUCAACUCUACCCUUUGAUAUUCGAUGACUCGGGCAAUAAAGUCAACAAGACUCGAUCUAGUAUUGCAGCCGAAAUAAUAACCAGGGGAAGAAACACUUCCAAUGCGCACUGCGCGAAACAGUUGGCAUUAGUAUUUCCAGCUUUAAUUCAGUUCGCCAAUGUUGAAGCUGAAAAGAGUUCAACAAUGUCAUUAGGUGAUAAAUUGAAAAGAAUGAAGUGCUUAGAUGCUGUUCACUGCCCCACCAUUGAGCUACCGGUAUUGCCUAGUAAGGACUACACAAUAACAAGUAUCAUAAAGUGGGAUGAAAGAGUUUCGUUAGUAGGCGGCAUUAACGCUCCAAAGAAACUGAUGUGCUUGUGCUCUGACGGAAAAUCCCGCCCACAACUCUUAAAAGGUAGAGAUGAUUUACGUCAAGACGCUGUAAUGCAACAAUACUUUUCACUGAUGAACACUUUGUUAUGCUGUGAUCCAAAAACUAGUGAACGAAAAAUUAGUAUCCGCACUUAUAAAGUUGUGCCGCUUUCCAUGCGAAGUGGAAUAUUGGAAUGGUGUGAGAAUACCGUUCCGAUCGGCUUAUAUCUGGGCAGUGGAAGCGAUAAAUCUGGCGCACAUAGAAAGUAUCGCCCUUCUGACAUCACACCACAAAAGUGCCGCCAAAUAUCCAUGCAACAUCUGAAAUCCGAUCUACAAAAACGUUUGUUAGUUUAUGAGCAAAUUUGUGCGCAAAUCAAACCAGUUUUUCAUUAUUUUCUGCUUGAAAAAUUUGUGGUUCCAGGUAUUUGGUUCGAACGCCGACUAGCUUAUACAAACAGUUUGGCUGCUAAUUCCAUGGUUGGCUUCGUAGUUGGGCUUGGCGAUCGGCAUACGCAAAACAUACUGAUUGAUGAACAAAGUGCGGAAUUAAUUCAUAUUGAUUUUGGGAUAGCUUUCGAGCAGGGAAAAAUAAUGCCAACUCCUGAAACUGUACCAUUUCGUCUUACCCGAGAUAUGGUAGCACCCAUGGGCAUUUGUGAAACAGGCGGUGUUUUUAAAAAGGCUUGUCAAGCAACGCUGGAGGUGUUGCGUAAAAAUCAUUCCGUAAUAAUUACAAUACUUGAAGUGUUGCUUUAUGAUCCGCUCUACAUUUGGAAUGUAGUACCCUCACCAGGUGGCUCAAAUGAUGAUGAGAAAAACUUAACAGCACAACGCGCUUUAUUAUGUGUGCAACACAAGUUGGAAGGAAGGCUAAGUAGCAUCACAAGUGCGGUCAAUACAGACGUUCAAGUUCAAAGGUUAAUAAAUGAUGCUGUCUCUAAGCAAAAUUUAUGUCGUCUGUAUCCUGGCUGGGAUCCGUACCUAUAGAUUAUGUUUUGUUGUCACAUUUUUUUUUAUAUAUAUUUGUUAAAUAAAUAAAUACUAAUUCACGAUGAA